AUGGGCUGGACCACGUGUGAUGCCUCCGAGGAGAAUGAGAAGAUCUCCGAGGUAGCUUUAUGGGAUGGCGGUCUCACAUUUCAUAACCUCAGUUUGAUCGUAGGUGGUGUCUGUGCUAUUCUCGCCUGUGUCGUGUCCAUUUUCCUCAUCAUGAUGCACGCCAUGCACUACAGCAAACCGAUUGAGCAGCGACACAUUGUUCGCAUCUUGUGGAUGGUCCCCGUAUAUUCCAUCGUCUCGUGGCUCAGCAUCCUUUUCUAUAACGAUUCCGUUUAUUUCGAAGUCAUCGGUGACUGCUACGAAGCCUUCGCAAUCGCCUCUUUCUUCUCCCUCUUGUGUGCCUAUAUUGCGCCUGAUCUCCAUAGCCAAAAGGACUACUUCCGUGGCAUUCAGCCUAAGACUUGGCUGUUCCCAUUGAAUUAUUUUCAGAAAUGGGUAUGGUGCGGUUCGAAGCGGGGAGUGUGGCGCAAUCCGCGCAGUGGUUUGACCUGGUUCAAUGUCAUUUGGGCUGGUGUUUUCCAAUACUGUAUAAUCCGUGUGGUGAUGACCAUUACUGCUGUUGCGACGCAAGCUACGGGAAGAUACUGUGAAGAGUCGCUAAGUCCGGCAUUUGCGCAUAUCUGGAUUAUGGUUAUCGAAUCUGUCAGCGUCACUAUCGCAAUGUACUGCUUGAUUCAAUUCUACAUCCAGAUUAAGGAUGAUAUCAAGCAACACAAUCCCUUUAUGAAGAUUCUGUCCAUCAAGCUGGUUAUUUUCCUUUCUUUCUGGCAAGGAAUUGUUAUCAGUUUCCUCAUGUCCAGUGGUGCCGUCAAAGGAUCGAAGAAGAUCAACAAUAUAGAUCUGAAGUAUGGCUUACCGGAGCUACUGAUCAAUAUUGAAAUGUUCAUUUUCGGUGUUCUGCACCUGUGGGCCUUCAGCUGGAAGCCCUAUGUCAUCACCAACCAGGGAACCGACUUCUAUGGAAAUGGCAAGGGAUCCUACGAAGGAGGGCGCUUGGGUUUUACCGCGCUGGUCGAUGCGAUGAACCCACUCGACCUAGUGAAGGCUGUUGGACGCUCUGCACGCUGGCUGUUUGUUGGUCGUAAGACCCGCACGCUGGAUCCCAGCUACAGUCAAUCGUCCACAGAUGCUAUCGGCCUACAGAAUACCGAAGCUGGAGCUGUCGAAGAAGGAACUGCCAUGACCGGUGCUUGGAAGGGCCGUUACAAUGGCACACAAUAUGAGGAGGGCGCAACCCUUCUCUCACACGCGCAGUCAAACCCAGAGUCAGGUCCUUUGGGCACCUCGCCCUAUUCGUCCGACGCCGACGAGUACCUCGCUGGACAUUCUGGGAGCCGUUUCUACUCACAAGGCUCUGCGUCUCAUUUCCCACCUGAGCCUGCAUAUGAUCCCGACACUGCCUAUCAGGGGGCCGGGAAUACUCAACAGACUGCUCCCAACAGUAACCCCUACCCACUUGAUGGUCCUCUUCGUGAGGCAGUCCCUAUGCCUAUGCCUGAUCCAUAUCGACCACCACCUCCCUAUCCCGAAAGCCACCAUGAACAAUAA